CUUUUUUCCUCCUCACAGCCAUAACAUUGGGAGUGGCAGCAACAGCAGGAACAGCAGCACAGAAAAGGGGAGAAAUGGCUGACUAGAUUUGCCAGCUGCCUGAGAAAAAAAAAAUCACAGCUUUAACAAAGAUUAGAAACCAACCGUGGGUGGUGGUCAUAGCAGAAAUACUGUCUGGGCCCCAGCCCAGCCCCCUGUAGCAGCCCGGGAUGCAACAGGGGGCACAGUGGCACCCAUGGCGUUCAUGUCUCGGUUCUCCAGGAAUACAUCCAGAUCUCCUGUCUGGAGGACGCAUGAUGACACCGUCAGCCACCCCAUCCUCAGUGUUUUUGAACUUGAGAGACUCCUGUACACGGGGAAGACAGCCUGUAACCAUGUGGAUGAGGUCUGUCCAGGACUUUACCUGGGAGAUCAAGAUAUAGCAGCCAAUAGAGGUGAGCUGGCCCGAUUGAACAUCACCCACAUCCUCAAUGCUUCUCACAACAAGUGGCGGGGAGGCGCAGAUUACUAUGAAGGCACUGGCAUCUGCUACCUGGGCAUUGAGGCACAUGACUCACCCACCUUUGAUAUGAGCCCCUACUUUCAGCCUGCUGCAGAUUUCAUCCACAAAGCCCUGAGCAAGAGUGGAGGGAGAAUCCUUGUUCACUGUGCCGUGGGGGUAAGCAGAUCAGCUACCCUGGUCCUUGCCUACCUCAUGAUUUAUCACCAUUUGACCUUGGUGGAGGCCAUAAAGACCGUCAAGGACCAUCGAGGUAUUAUUCCCAAUCGGGGUUUCCUACGCCAGUUGACUACCCUGGACAACUCCCUCAGGCUGAAGAGAAGACUGUAAGCAGAGGAGUCAUUGGGAAACCACAAUAGCAUAAUUUGUGUUGGUAAACAUGAGGCAUUACUAGCCUACUUUGGGCUCAGGUAAUACCAACCUUCCACAGAUCCUGCCUCACAGAAGUUCAGCUCUAACGUUUCAAGAUGUACUUCCAAUGUUCUCAGUGUUUAGGUUCAGGACUCAACUAGAGAUGAUCAAGUUCAGGUUUCUGAGAGGAAAAGGUUUUCUUUCUCCCUCUCCCUGUUGACUUUCCAAAGCCAUUUUCCAAGACAAUGUCCCAACCUCAUACUGAGGAAGCUUUUAAUGCUGAAAUUCCCAUGGAGUGAUAUGUCUUGUGAUCUGUUUCCUCCUAUUUGCUUCUAGCUUUUGUUUUAAAAAGUGGCAAGCCCCAAUGUAUUUUAACAAUCAAAAUAAAGUUCUACAGAA